GUUUGUCUUUAAUCGGCCACCGUCUCAUCAGCGUUACAGAGUAUUUUGUCCGCCGGCCGCCGCCGUCCCAGAUAUUAGUCACCGAGUUCCAGGGCAGAGGAACUUGUGAUAUGGGGGAGCCGGUUGGUGUUGCCGGCACCAUGGAGUCACCUUUUAGUCCGGGACUCUCUCACCGGCUGGAUGAAGAUUGGGAUUCUGCCCUAUUUGCUGAACUCGGUUAUUUCACAGACACUGAUGAGCUGCAAUUGGACGCAGCAAAUGAGACUUAUGAAAACAAUUUUGAUCAUCUUGAUUUUGAUUUUGAUUUGAUGCCUUGGGAGUCAGACAUUUGGGACAUUCACAACCAAAUCUGUACAGUUAAAGAUAUUAAGGCAGAACCUCAGCCACUUUCUCCAGCCUCCUCAAGUUAUUCAGUCUCGUCUCCUCAGUCAGUGGACUCUUAUUCUUCAACUCAGCAUGUUCCUGAGGAGUUGGAUUUGUCUUCUGCUUCUCAGAUGUCUCCCCUUUCCUUGUAUGGUGAGAGCUCUAAUAGUCCCUCUUCAGCAGAGCCACUGAAGGAAGAUAAGCCUGUCACUAGUCCUAGGAACAAGACUGAAAAUGGACUGACUCCAAAGAAAAAAAUUCAGGUGAAUUCAAAACCUUCGAUUCAGCCCAAGCCUUUAUUGCUUCCAGCAGCACCCAAGACUCAAACAAACUCCAGUGUUCCAGCAAAAACCAUCAUUAUUCAGACAGUACCAACGCUUAUGCCGUUGGCAAAGCAACAGCCAAUUAUCAGUUUACAACCUGCACCCACUAAAGGUCAGACGGUUUUGCUCUCUCAGCCUACUGUGGUACAACUUCAAGCACCUGGAGUUCUGCCCUCUGCUCAGCCAGUCCUUGCUAUUGCUGGGGGAGUCACACAGCUACCUAAUCACAUGGUGAAUGUGGUACCAGCCCCUUCAGCGAAUAGCCCAGUGAAUGGAAAACUUUCCGUGACUAAACCUGUCCUACAAAGUACCAUAAGAAAUGUGGGUUCAGAUAUUGCUGUGCUCAGGAGACAGCAACGUAUGAUAAAAAAUCGAGAAUCUGCUUGUCAGUCCCGCAAGAAGAAAAAAGAAUAUAUGCUAGGGUUAGAGGCGAGAUUAAAGGCUGCCCUUUCAGAAAACGAGCAACUGAAGAAAGAAAAUGGAACACUGAAGCGACAGCUGGAUGAAGUUGUGCUGGAGAACCAGAGGCUUAAAGUCCCUAGUCCAAAGCGAAGAGCUGUCUGUGUGAUGAUAGUAUUGGCAUUUAUAAUACUGAACUAUGGACCUAUGAGCAUGCUGGAACAGGAUUCCAGGAGAAUGAACCCUAGUGUGAGUCUGGCAAAUCAAAGGAGGCACCUUCUAGGAUUUUCUGCUCAAGAAGAGCAGGACACAUCAGAUGGUAUCAUCCAGAAGAACAGCUACAGGUAUGAUCAUUCUGUUUCAAAUGACAAAGCCCUGAUGGUGCUAACUGAAGAACCAUUGCUUUAUAUUCCUCCACCUCCUUGUCAGCCCCUCAUUAACACAACAGAAUCUCUCAGGUUAAAUCAUGAACUUCGAGGAUGGGUUCAUAGACAUGAAGUAGAAAGGACCAAGUCAAGAAGAAUGACAAAUAAUCAACAGAAAACCCGCAUUCUUCAGGGUGCUCUGGAACAGGGCUCAAAUUCUCAGCUGAUGGCUGUUCAAUACACAGAAACCACUAGUAUCAGCAGGAACUCAGGGAGUGAGCUACAAGUGUAUUAUGCUUCACCUAGAAGUUAUCAAGACUUUUUUGAAGCCAUCCGCAGAAGGGGAGACACAUUUUAUGUUGUGUCAUUUCGAAGGGAUCACCUGCUGUUACCAGCUACCACCCAUAACAAGACCACAAGACCAAAAAUGUCAAUUGUGUUACCAGCAAUAAACAUAAAUGAGAAUGUGAUCAAUGAGCAGGACUACGAAGUGAUGAUGCAGAUUGACUGUCAGGUGAUGGACACCAGGAUCCUCCACAUCAAAAGCUCAUCAGUUCCUCCUUACCUCCGAGAUCAGCAGAGGAAUCAAACCAACACAUUCUUUGGCUCCCCUCCCGCAGCCACAGAGGCAACUCACGUUGUCAGCACCAUCCCUGAGUCAUUGCAAUAGCACCCUGCAGCUAUGCUGGAAAACUGAGCGUGGGAUCCUGCCAGACUGAAGAGCAGGUGAAUGAAAUGCUGCUUUCUGCCUUCUUGGUGGCAGCCAGAGAACUGCCUCUGCUAGAAUUCAAGGAGGAAAGAAGAAGAAAUAAAAGAAGCUGCUCCAUUUAUCAUCAUCUACUCAUCUAUUUGGAAAGCACUGAAAUUCAGACACAAGAGAACAAUAUUUCUUCAGUGGCAAAUGUAGCCCUGCAUCCUCCAGUGUUACCUGGUGUAGAUUUUUUUCUGUACUUUUCUAAACCUCUCUUCCCUCUGUGUUGGUCUUGUGUUUAAACAGUCAUCUUCUUUCAAAUAAGAUCCACCUCUCCUUUUUCCAUUUCACUUAUUGAUUUGUAAAGUGAAUUUUAUUUAAAGCUAUGCCACACCUGCAUGUUCAAAUAGUUUCCACUGAUUCGAUUUUUCAUUGAUUUAAUGCAAACCCAUUCUGGAUAUUAUGCUUAUUUAAGAAAAACGCAUUUCAAAACCAGAACAGCCAAAAACAGUCCAAAAAGAAUCAAAACAAUUUGGACCUUUAGGUAAAAGGGAAAACACCCAGUUGGUAAAGUUUAUCUUUACUUAGGAUUUGUGGCUCGCGCCUUAACAAAGUGGGUGUGGGAGUGGAUGCAAAUUUGAGAGAAGAGAAGGGAAGGGAAGGACCAGUGGUGCGGUUUGGAGAGAGAAGUUCUAUUCAUAUACAAGUUUAAAAGAUGGCAAGUUUGAUGGGAUUGCAGUCUGAGAUAAAGCCACAGCUAUCGUUCACUUUGAGGCCAUCAAGUAUUAGCACACAUACUUAAGUUUUCUCUUUACUAAUCUGGUCCUCAUGGACCACAGGACACAGCUUUCAUUUUCAUUCAUUCUGCUAUUGGAAUUAUACCAAAUUCAGCGGAGGAACAUGGAAGUAACUUUCGACUUAAACAAGACAAAAGCCUUUUCACUGAAGAACUGAGAAGUAUUUGCUCCUUAAAACAAUGCAGAUUAGUGAAGGUGGCUUCCUGCUGAGGGAGUGCAUCCCAUAAUAUGGCAAUAAUUAUCAGUUUUUCCAAUGAAAAGACAGUGAAGGAAUUAAAUCUUUUGUCCUCCCAUGGCUUAAAAAAAAAAGCUGUUUAUUUUUACUGUACUUUGCCUCUUUUUUUCAUGUAGACAAUUAUGUUUCAUUUGAUGAAUUCAUAGAAAUGGAUCUCAGAUCGUGAUGUCCUCUCUAAUGUUCUACCUUCAGUUUCUAAAGUGAGUCCUCCUCCCUAUUCUACAAAACUUUUCAAUUUCUUGAUGUAACUCAUUCUACAAACACUGCUUCUUACCCCAGUUGCCUUGCCUUUGUCAGAUUUCUUCCUGUUCCACACUGUAUCAAUCAAUUCCUUUUCUUCUUGCAAGAAAGAGAAGGAGAAGUUAUAGCAACCUCUCAAGGAUUAUAUGCAGCUGGUUAGUUUUCUGCCUGUGAAAUUAGGCCUGGCCCCUCAAUAAUUUUAAAGAAUCAUCAGCACUUCUCUCUGGACAGGUGACUCUUUGUCCAAGCUAGUUAGAUGCUUUCCAAGGAAAUCAGUUCCACUUUUGUGAGUGGGAAAAAAGGGGGCUUUACUGUUGUAUUACUUGGGAGUCUGGAGUUUGAAAAAUGCGAAUUAACCUUCCUCGUUUUCCACAUUACAAACCAUUUUAAGUCAGCGCAGCCCUCCCUUUAGAUUUGGCUAUCCUGGGUGAUAUUCAGACAAGAACCAUUUUCCCUGGGGAACAUUAUUCUAGUGGGUACCAAAGAAUAUAAGGCAAAUGCCCAGAAGUCCUUCAGGUGACUGGGCAGUCUUAUCGUGGGAUAUUUUCUCCCGGCCCUGCUCCUUCCCAUUCUGUAAUGUGAAUUAGCCACACAAGAGGCUGUGACCACGGCUAGUAGACAGCGGCAACGAAGUCUUCCUCAAGCUGCUAAUCUUCUGCUGGAACUGUCAUACGUUUUCAUGGUCAAUGUAAACCUGGUUCGAGUGCGGUGAUUAGAAAUGGAGUUUCCCUCCUCUCCGAGGCACAGAAUCACAGAAGGACCCAUCACGUGGACUUCUUGUUCUUAGCGCUUCACUUUUACUUCAUCCCUCGAUUCCCAGCUUUUUCUGUGAUCAUUUUACCAAUUCCUCAGAUGGAAGACUUCUGUUAUAUCAUAUUCACCAACGUUAGUCCCUGUCUUCCAGGUGAAAAGGUGGGUAGCGGUUGGGGGAAGUCUCCAUUGAAGAGCAGGAAGGUUGCAGCAGGGCUGGCAGCCCAGCCACAGAGCUACGGGUGCCUGUGAGGUGCCGCCCAGAGCAGCCUGGAAGCUUUGCCUUCUCUUCUCUCUCACUGGCCCUUCCACUGUUUGUCAUUGCCUGUUCUUGAAUGGAUCUUUGAGAUGAGGGAACAGGAUUCUACUAAGGGUGGAGUUUCAGGAAAUGAGUGAAAGGCAAUUGACAAGUGCAAAGAAGUAUUCUACAAUUUUAAUCUUAAAAUUGCUGGCAAAGCUAUAAUGAAUCCCUAGGCAUAAUUGUAGUUUCAAUGUUAAUGUUUGUAUGCACAAGGCCCUUUAGGAAAUGGAAAGUCACUAUGACAGAUUAAAAUUUUUUUUGAGGGGGGAUUGCCUUUUGGGGGCGUUGCAGCCAGAAAUUGUGGGGAAUAUGUGUAUUUUUUUACUUAUUAAAUUUUAAAUGAAAUUUUGCAAGCUUGUGAGAAAAUUAGAUAAACUCAUGGAGGAGGUAGAUCUUCCUGUUAUUAGAGGAUUUUGUGCCCUUUGGGCUGGCAGUAAUAUCGUCUUGGGAAGUGAUGGUGGAGGCUGAUGGAAACAGUCUUUCUGCCUGGUUGCAAGUCCCAAAUUUUUAAGGCUUAACGGAAAGUAAGUGGAUGUUUCCUCAUGUUAACUACUGAGUCAGAUGUUCGAGCUUAUCCCUUGAAACAAAUCUGUUGUUUGCCAUGCUUGUAGUACAGAAACUUCACAUUGAUUUUUGGGUGGGAUUGUGUUUUCACAAGUAAAAAACCCCCCAUAAUUAUAAAACUCAGAGCAUCAUCUAAUUUUUUUUUAAUGACUACAAGUUCCAGCACAAACUGGCAUUUCUUUGCCAUUUCUUGCUAGUAAGAAGUAGGCAUGGAGGUAUUUGAAAGCAAUAUUAUGUGAGUCGUUCUUAAGUGCUCCAAGUAAAUUUAGAAACAGACAAGGAACUUGGUAUUCAAUUUGAUUUUUUAAAUCAUUUUUAAAGAGACAGCAUCCUGAUUAAAUCCUCUUGGCCUGAACCUUCCUCCCCAGUGUGUAUUCCCCGGUAGUCACCGCAGUGAGAUGCUGGUAGGAAUGCCAUGGCAGCAUGUAUCUUUAAAACUGGAGAACUCUCAAGCUCUUUGCCACUUUCCUACUAUUUUUUGAUUCUUGCCAUUUUUCUAAGCUCAGGUUGUGAAACUUGACAGAAAUGUAAUACAGGAAAAACUUGUAAUUAUAUUUGACUUUCUAAAUUGAAAAGUUUCCAAGUGACUUUCACUUUCAACAACAUAUCAGAAAUAACCACUUUUGCUUUCACAGCCUGAAGAGCUAGAGCCUGAUCCGAUGCCCCCUUUCAGUCUGAAGUCAUGGGAAAUUUUCCAGCCAUGAAAGCCCUCUUUCCACUGCAUACUGAUGGGCUGACUCAGCUUCCUUCAGCCGACUGAGAUCUUUUUAUACUAUUGGCUAUUUCAUACCAGUUAACCUCUUAAAUAAGAUUGCUAAUUGAUAGCCACUUAUUACCACCUGUGGACCUCAUAUUCCUUACCAGAAUGUUUUUUUCAUCAGUCCCGAGUCAUUUCAACUUACAGAAAUUAGGAUUGUUGCUGCUAAUAUGAAUACCAAUCAUAACUUUUAAAAACAAGGAUAAAGCCUAAAAGAAUGAAAUAUAAGAAAUGUUCAUUCCCACCCCUAAUGACAUUUCGAAGUGAAUAUUCCCAUUUCCUUCGACCCACAGGGAUUGGGAUUGAUUUUUAAUUUUCUAGGAAAUGAUGCUGGACUACCCAAAAAGAUGUUGCCAGAAUCCAAAAGGAACUAUGCUCAUAAAAGAAAUGCAGUUUUCUCCUGCCUGAAAAAAGAAGUGUGUUCUGUUCUUACCUUUUUAAUGACUAAGCUUAAAACAGUUUAUUUUGGGUAAGACUAGAACUUUGAACAGUUUGUUCUAAUAUCUGUGUUACUAGUCAAAUGCAAUAGAAUUUAUGAAGAGAAGAAUGACAAAGGUAUCUGAUUAGGAAAUUGGAUCUUAUGUAUGAAUCCAUGUCAUCACCAGCCACUGUCACAUAGUGGAUGCCAUUCUCAACAUAUUGGUUCUAACUUUAAGCAUUAGGGAUUUAGCACAUUAAAAUACCUUUAAUUAUAUUAGGCUUGGUAACUCAGGAGUAAAUAAAUAAUAGUUUAUCAUUUGCCAAACAGCACAAAUAACUGUUGUGCUGUUUGCUCUCAAUGAAGUUGGUGACCAUUAGUUAAAUAAACCAGGAGGCUUGGCCUAUCCCCUUUAUGUUAAUCUUAACUGGAGAUUAGCAGGUAGACUUUCACAGCAAUUGUAGAUUGAUCCACUUUAACUCAUACUUGCCCUAACUUCCAGGCCAGUCACCAGGACAGAGGAGAUGAUGGGAAAACAGAGCUUUAGAUGAAAACUACUAUGCACUACCAGCCUUAGGGGCCCUGGUUUCCUGUUACCACUUUGGCACUUAUGGCUGGGCUAAGUUCAAUCAGGCUUCAUCCAUGGAACCGUUAGAACUGAGGAGGAUGUGUUAGAGAUACCAUGUCCCCAGGAUCUUUUUUCUCAGGUCGUACCCAUGUCACUUUAAGAACAUGUUGAAGACGAGCAGGAGAGAUGCACCAUCUCUCCCUUAACAAUGCUGUUGUUUUGCAAAACCUAAAGAAAUAACAACAGAUUAUUUCAUACUUUCAAGCAAAUCUUUAUAAUGCAAUACCUGUUAUUUCUCUAAAAUUCAAAUAAAGAAUUUUUAAACUUG